AUGGGAUGUAUGCAAAGCAAACCAUUGUGUAAAUGCCAAUGCUUUGGCAAAAGGGACAAAUCUCUAGAUGAGAUUUACAAAGUACCAUCCUGUACGACUGAGGCUUCYCUUGAAUCUUUGGAGCGAGAAAUCAUAAGAUUUAAGGCGCGUCAAGAACAAGCAGCACGAAGAAGAAGUAGUUCUAGUUUAACAAAACAAGACACUCAAAGUAAGAAGUCAAUUGACAACAUCAAAUCACCUGAAGAACAUCGCAGRGAUCGUACAUCAAAAUCAAGUGCCUCAUCAGUUGUACCUUUAAAAGACAAACCAGCCCAAGAAACAAAAACAAAACCAUUUAAGGAAGAGCAAGUAAGCAAAACUGGUAAGAAUGCAAAGGAUAUCCUUACUUCUACUGAAGACAUGGCCAAGGACGAAAUCCUUAAGGAAGAAGCUCAUGAAACUGUUCAUGAGGACGCAAAGGAUGUCCCUAUUUCCGCUGAAGACCUGGUCAAGGACGAAGUCCUGAAGGAAGCAGCUCAAACUAGUGAUGAGGACGCAAAGGAUGUCCCUACUUCCGCUGAAGACUUGAUCAAGGACGAAAUCCUGAAGGAAGCAGCUCAAACUAGUGGUGAGGACGCAAAGGAUGUCCUUACGUCCGCUGAAGACCUGGUCAAGGACGUAAUCCUGAAGGAAGCAGCUCAAACUAGUGAUGAGGGCACAAAGGAUGUCCCUCAUUCCAAUGAAGACAUGGUCAAGGACGAAGUCCUGAAGGAAGCAGCUCAAACUAAUGAUCAAGGCGCUGCAAAGGAUGUGGCUGUCUCGACUCAUGUGAUUGCAAAGGAAAACGUGCAGGAGACAGGGCUUCAAACUAGUGAUGUCAUUGACAAGGAGAUGCCUAGCUCCACUGAUGAGAUUGUUAAGGGCGAAGUCCAGGAGACAGCACCUCAAACUUGUGAUGACGAUGCACAGGAUGUCCUUACCUCCACGGUUGAUGAUGUCAAGAAGGACGUCCCGACUGCCACUCCUAUAACGGUGUUCAUAGAGGACGAAGUACAGACAAAUGUAGAGGAUAUUCAAUGCAUAGCGGACGGUGUUGUGGAGAAAGUCGCUAAGAGUACACCUGGARCCAGUGACGAGGACACCAAAAACGUUCAAGUCAAUUCUUCAGGUUCCCACAAACAGAAGCAAUGGAGAAGCGUCAAGAAAAGGCUUAGAGAUCCGCAGUUCCAAGCUAUUUUUACGAACCAGAUUACAGGAAACUGCCUGGAUUUUACUCAUCGAGAUGUUUCCCGUCAUCCUUUAAGCCGACGCGAAAGACUUUCAUUAGUUAGCACUGUUCUUGAUGACAAUGACAUACAUGAUYUGGUCCUUCGUCGUGAGCAUGAUGAAGACGAAAUGCUUUACCAGGCAACGCAGAACAAAGCGGUAGAAAAUCACAUGGGUUCUACUCAGCAAGCGCACAACACUGACGMCUUSUCAUACAACCAAGUUGAUAUCAAACGAGGAUCAUCAAUUUGUCGUGAAGUGGAAAGAAAUGACUGUGUGGUUCUGGCCACCGAUGAAAGACAUGAUGUGAAAAAAGUGCGUUCAGAAACUGAUCUUCUUAAACACGACACUGUUUUAAAUGUAARCACGUCAGAUUGUUCGGACCUCAACAAAGCGUCGACUUCAGGKGUCUUUGUAGUCAAAGAAGCAAAGAGCUUCUUUAUAACUGACGAAGAAGAAUCCAAGAGGGAAGAUCCAUCUGUCAAGUGUGAUUCCCAAGCUUCAGCAAGAGGCGAGCAGACGUCUAGACGUAAAAAUGAGGACCGGCUACCUGCCAUUCAAAUGUUUAAAAACAAGAAGCAAAAAAGUGUUGCCAAGAAAAGAUUGACCGAGCCGCAAUUCCAGCCUGUCUUCAAGAAUCAAAUAACAGGGAAGUGCUUGGACUUUACGCAGAGAGACAUGUCCCGACAUCCCCUUAGCCGUCGCGAACGACUUUCAUUAGUCACUACUGUGCUUGAUGACAGCGAUAUCCAUGACUUGGUUCUGCAUUCUGAACAUGACAACGACCCAACUCUUUACCAGGGAACACGAGCCCAAAUUGCGAGUCAACAGGCACACGAAACAGAUUCGUCCUCAAGUCAGGCAUUUCAUCCUGAGCGGAAAGUGACGAUUGCCUCACAAGCCAAACUAGAAGCAGGUGGCUCAASGAUUAUCCUUGACAAAGAAGAGAAAGUUGUGUCGAUAACGAAAAAAGACGCACAGUUGGAAGAGUCUGUACCAUUUGCUCAGCCUUUAAAGCUUCUCACUGACUGCGAAGUGAAGAAAGAUCGUUCAUUGGUUUCACUUGCYAAAGAGGACCUGUCUGGCUUCACAUCGAGUGACGAUGAGCCAAGCAAGGAGCCAGAUAACACAGAGGAAGCUCUUGUCAAAAUAAGUAGUUCRCAAGCCGAAAAAGAGGAAUUAUCCAAACUUACCUCCUGUGAUACCAAUGAAGCCUGUGGUGGAAUUCCUGGCAUAGGGUUUUGUGAAGGAAGAAAGGACAGAAAAGAUUUGAUUCAAGUCGGCAAAGACGCUACAAGUCAAUUGUUCAAGAAACUUAUGAACACAUUACCAUUUAAAGGAAUGCCAAAUGAGGGCUCACGCCAAUCCCAUGACACAAGGGGUGAAUAUACCUUGGUAAAUACACAAGAUGAUCACCAGAACCAGGACUGCGAUCUUCCUUUGUCAGCAUCUGAAGAUGAAAUACUUCAAGAAUCACACCAUGACAUCCACARGAUAWCGUCAAGAAAGCUGAAAGUAGACGAAGAGCUGGAGGUAACAAUAUGMACUUGA